GUUAAAAUACAAACACGGUCGUUAGAGUAGCUUGAUAGCAUUUAAAGUACACGCACGCAUCUCACACACUGUUCACUAGGCGGCCAAUUAAUCCUUGAGCAUCGGGAAAUCAAAUCAAAUCUAAGACAAUGAAUUCCUGUAAUUCACGGGGCAUUUGUUUUAUUCUGACACUAGUUAUCAGCUUGGAUUUGUUUUGUGCUGAAUCUGAUACAGUCACCAACACACCUUGUGAUUGUAAACUACUGUCAGAUAAUGAUGACCGACUUUCCACCUCAGUCGACCAACUCGAAGAGAAAAUGGGUCAACUGCAAAAUAAACUAAAUGAACAAGCUGAAGAAAUAACAGCCUUACAAAAGCUUGUCAUCAAAUCUCAAGCCGAUAUUCAUAGCUUGGAGGAGACAUGUACUAAAAAUUGUGAAGGAAAAGUUGGACCACCGGGAAAACGUGGAGUGCGAGGAUACAGGGGACAAAGAGGACCAAAGGGACCAACCGGUGCUCAAGGGUUUAAUGGUAGUCGAGGGGAAGCUGGUCCAGCCGGUCUUAAAGGAAGUCAAGGAUUGCCUGGUCCGGCUGGAGAAAAGGGAGAAAUUGGUUCCCCUGGAAUAAAUGGAUCGAUAGGGAGACCAGGUGAAAAGGGAGAAAUUGGUCCCCCAGGAGUAAACGGAUCGAACGGCAGACCAGGUGAAAAAGGAGCAAUUGGAAGACCAGGUGAAAAUGGAGAAAUUGGUCCACCUGGAGUGAAUGGAUCGAUUGGCAGACCUGGUGAAAAGGGAGCAAUUGGUUCCUCUGGAGUAAAUGGAUCAAAUGGGAAUCCAGGUGAAAAGGGUUCAAUUGGCCCACCGGGAAUAAAUGGAUCGAUCGGCAGACCAGGUGAAAAGGGUGCAAUUGGCCCACCGGGAAUAAAUGGAUCGAUCGGCAGACCAGGUGAAAAGGGUGCAAUUGGCCCACCGGGAGUAAGUGGAUCAAACGGCAGACCAGGGGGAAAUGGUGCAAUUGGCCCACCAGGAGUAAAUGGAUCGAACGGCAGACCAGGUGAAAAGGGUGCAAUUGGCCCAACGGGAGUAGAUGGAUCGAACGGCAGACCAGGUGAAAAGGGUGCAAUUGGUCCACCGGGAGUAAGUGGAUCAAACGGCAGACCAGGGGAAAAGGGUGCAAUUGGCCCACCGGGAGUAAAUGGAUCGAACGGCAGACAAGGUGAAAAGGGUGCAAUUGGCCCACCGGGAGUAAGUGGAUCAAACGGCAGACCAGGGGAAAAGGGUGCAAUUGGCCCACCGGGAGUAAAUGGAUCGAACGGCAGACCAGGUGAAAAAGGUGCAAUUGGCCCACCGGGAGUAAGUGGAUCAAACGGCAGACCGGGUGAUAAGGGUGCAAUUGGCCCACCGGGAGUGAGUGGAUCAAACGGCAGACCAGGUGAAAAGGGUGCAAUUGGCCCAUCGGGAGUAAGUGGAUCAAACGGCAGACCAGGUGAAAAGGGUGCAAUUGGUCCCCCAGGAGUAAACGGAGACAUUGGUCCACCUGGAGUAAAAGGACAACCGGGUGAAAGGGGAGCAAUUGGCCUAACAGGACCAAAGGGUCAAAAAGGAGAUGAUGGUUCAAGCGGUUUGUAUAAUCUCUAGAUUCCCCAUCUAUUACUGUACACUUUACUACUAGAAAAGAUGAUAUGGCCAUUUAAGUAAUUAUUGAUUUAUUUUGAUCAUAAUCAGGUCAAUCGAUGUAAGUACAUGAAAGUUAUUGAGUGUGUAAGCAAGUGUUUAUUUUUUAUUUCAAUUCUAAUUUUGAUAAAUAACUAUUUUGUUUCAAAGAAUUCUGCCCAUGGGAUAUAUUGUAAAUCUUUAGAAAUGUAUAGCAUCACGUAAACAUAUUACUUGAAAAUGUUUAGACCAUCG